AUGCCCCUCAUCUGCGAUCCCGUUCACGGUCCACCACCCCUAGCAGCUAGCUGGUGCAACGCCUCUCAGUUCCUUGGUCUGGCGGUCAAAUACGGUGAAGGCAAGCGGUCCUCACAAGCGAAAAAUGAGCUCUCGGAGCUUCCAACACGCAGCUUCCAACCACUACUUAAGAAGCUCCCAUCACACGCUUGCUCCAAGUUCCCUUUCUCAUCAACCAACUCAAAUCACAUUUUCUCUUUUCAAAUCAAACCAACCAACCCCCAACCAAACAUCAAAAUGUCUGCUCCCAACGCCAACAAGCCUAACGAGGGUAUCGUCGGUCAGAUCGGCAACUCUCUCAACAACGCCGCCCAGUACGUCUCCGAGACUGUCCAGGGUACCGGUGCCACCGCUUCCAAGGAGGCCAACAAGGAGAAGGCCAAGGGCAACUCUGCCGACGACUCCAUCUCCGGCCGUGUCUCUGGUGCCAUGGGCGCCGCCUCCGACAAGCUGGACGAGAAGAAGCACGAGACCUCCGCCGAGGCCAACAAGCGCUCCAUCUAA